CCUUAACUUACAAAUGAUAGCUAUGGGGGGUAUGCAGGAGUUCAACGCAAGAGUUUCUUGUUUUAGACUCAAAAUGGUAGAUUCUCUCGAAGACUGUUCACACACCCCCUCUUAUGCCGAUGGAUCAUCCAGAAUUUACUAUGCACCUCUUGAAUACAUAUUCUCAGGGAUAUCGCACAUGGCAGGCGAUGUAUACAGCUUCGGUGUUAUACUACUUGAGAUCUUAACUGGUUUGAGAAACCCGUGCAUCAUCCUAGCAAAGCAAGCAACACAAAAUGGAAAAGAAAACAUUGCAGAGAUGAUUGAUCCAGAUUUAGAGAAUAGCUAUCCUCUUGCAGCGGGAAAACUUAUGUGCGAGCUUAGUAAACAAUGCCUUGAGGACAACCCGAAGAUAAGACCAACCAUGCAAGAAGUGCUAGAUAAUCUGAAUGCUAUAGGCCAGAUUUGAGAGGACAAACUAUAUAAGGGUUAUAAAUUCUGAAAACAUUGUUCCCACUAUAAGAUAGUUAUAAUAUAGUCAAACUAUGCAUAUGCACAAUAUACAACACUGAAAAGGAUUGUGGUUCAAAGGUUACACGCCUCUCUCCAGAGCUCCUCUGAGGAACUUUGAAAACAUUCCCAAAAGCUAGCUUAAGGGAUUGAGUGUACUUAGGUCUUUUAUAUAGCAUUGAUUUACUCUCCU